GAGUGAUUCUGCUUGCAAGUCGGUCUAUGUUUUAUUAUAUUUAAGCUAUUACUAGUUUAAAUCGAUUGAAUGCUAGCAGUGUCAUAUCUGAAGCACGCCGAAUCGGCAACCACCACGGUCCACCAGCUUGCGGUCAGAAGAGACGGGACGCAGAGAGAGUUCGAGAUCGCCGGCCCAUACUCGAACAGGAGAUCUGGAGCACCCGUGUCUCCGCAAGCGUAGCGUAAGGAAAGCCGUUCUCUUUCUCUCAGCCAGAGCUAAGAAAAGCCGCCAAUUUUCUUUCUUGUGUGCACACCAGCCAGUGGAGUGGAUGCGAGCCUGUGAUUUCUGCCCCUACCGCAGCCCGUCGCAACACGCUUGGAUUUUCCUUUCAUGUCUCCGCUAGGCUUCGGAGCGUUUCUUUCCCCUCUGCUUCUCUUUUGUGUGUCUCCUCACUUGCGGACGGGAGUUUCCCGAUCUUUCUCUUCUUUCUUGAAGCCACAAAAGCUCCAGCGUUUUGUUUCUCGCGAGUAUCCCCGUCGCCGUUGUCUGCCGUCUCUCCAUUUCACGUCUCGGUGUUUUUCCACGCGUCUUUCCUCGAGAAAAAUGGCAGUCAAAGUGCUUGUUCCCGUCGCUCACGAUAGCGAGGAAAUUGAGGCAGUCUCCAUCAUUGAUACCCUUCGACGAGCCGGCGCCGAGGUGGUGGUUGCGAGUGUAGAGGACACCGAAAUCGUUCGCAUGUCACGCGGCGUUUGCGUGAAAGCCGACAAGCUCAUCUCAGCGGUGGAAAAUGAAACGUAUGACUGCAUCGCGAUUCCGGGUGGCAUGCCAGGGGCCGAAAGGUGCCGAGACUCUGCAGCUCUGACGGCCAUGCUCAAGACUCACAAGGCACAGGGCAAGCUCAUUGCCGCGAUCUGCGCCAGCCCCGCUGUCGUGCUCCAGACUCACGGUCUUCUUCAAGGAGAAAAGGCGGUUGCGUAUCCCUGCUUCAUGGACCAAUUCCCCGCCGAUAUGCGUGGCGAAGGCCGAGUCUGCGUCAGCAACAAAAUCGUGACUUCCGUUGGACCCUCGAGCGCUAUCGAAUUCGCACUGAAACUCAUCGAAGUUCUGUACAACAAAGAGCAGGCGAAGAAGAUCGCGGCACAGCUCCUUUACGCGUACUAAGAGUCGUUACAGCCUAAUGAAGCGAACCAGGGAAAACUGGCAUUUUUCACCCGUGACGAAGGCUCGCCUUUUCCCGUUUCCUCAAAUGCCCUCCGUGCUUUCUUCAGCUGCAUUGGCUAGCCCGGGUUCUGUUUUCAGGUGUGCGUCUCUCUUGCGUUUCGCUCCGGAUUCUUCAUGCAGUCCAAAAAUUUGUUCUGGACAAACACUCGGACGCAGCUUAGAAGCACAGAUCAGAGGAAGACGGAAAAAGAGAUACAUGCUCACACAAAUCACAGAGACUCAGAAAGUAUCCAGCUCGCGAAGAACGGGGAAGACCCAAAGAGAGAAUGGCAUUUUUCGCUGCCCGACAUUCCCCGGCAGUUCAUCGUAGAAACGGAGAACGAUAGACAUAGAUAUACAGAACAGAGAAGAGCAAGGAGAGGGUGACGGCAGGAGACUGGAUAGCAACUCAGGAAAGCGGUAC